AUGGAUAUGGCUGAUCAAAAAAGGAAAAGCACAGGUCGGAAAAAGAUUGAGAUCAAGAAAGUUGAGAAAGAAUCCAACAAACAAGUCACAUUCUCAAAAAGAAGACAAGGUUUAUUUAAAAAAGCAAGUGAACUUUGCAUCUUAUGCGAUGUUCAUGCAUCCAUCAUUGUUUUUUCUGGUGCUCACAAGCUCUUUUCGUUCGGCCAUCCCGACACCGACUCAAUUGUCAACAGUUAUGUCAACGGAACUCGCGAGUUCGAGAGAUCAAAGUUAGGAGAAAGUUCUUUGAUUUAUGAAGAGUAUAAUAAACAAUAUGGAGAAGCAUUGAAGGAGUUGGAGAUGGAGAAGAAGGAACUUGUGGAAGUUGAAAAAUUGGCUAGGGUUUCUAAAAGAGUUGAUUGGUGGAAUGAAGAUAUUGAUAAUAUGAGUCAUGAUCAACUUCAACAGUUUAUGGUGUCUCUUUAUGAGCUUAGAGGUAAGCUUUAUGAAAGAGAUCAUCAACGUAUGAUGGAGCUUGCCAUGUUGAAGAAUUAUUAGCUUAGAUGAAUAAGUUUUUUUUCUAUAGUUUGGUUUAUUUUGUUAGCUUUUUUAUUACUCACUUACACUUAGUAUAAGAGAUGAAUACGUUUUUUAGUUUUUCUUUUAAUAGUUUGGUUUAUUUUGUUAGUGUUUUUAUUACUAACAUAA